AAAGAAAACGAAACAUGUGGGCUGUUAAAAAGCUUACCAUUUUUGUUUUCCACCUUCUGCUUCUGUUCUUACGUCCUUUGAUGAUUACUUCUUCAGCAAGAUCACAAGGGGAAGCCCUUGUUCAAUGGAAGAACACUUUGCUUUACUCUUCGAUAACUCUCGAAUCUUGGUCCCUGCAAAACAUUAACAACCUCUGCAACUGGUCUUCAGUUGCCUGUGAUAGUUCUGGCAUGGUAUCUGGAAUAGAACUGUUGAGUUCAAACAUCAGUGGAACGCUCACCGGGUUCGAUUUCAUGCAGUUUGUCAAUCUCACGCACUUUGAUGUCAAGAACAACAGUCUGAAUGGACCAAUACCGGUCGCCAUAGGUAGCCUGUCCAAGCUUGUUCACCUGGAUUUGAGCAACAAUUCUUUCGAGGGCAACAUACCGUCGGAGCUCGGAAAACUUCCAGACCUUCGAUAUUUCAGCCUGUUAAAUAACAAUCUCAAUGGUACAAUCCCUUAUCAAGUAAGCACUCUUCAAAAGUUGUGGUACUUAGACCUCGGCUGGAACAAGUUGGACUCACCUGACUGGUCCAAAUUCUCAGCCAUGCCAUUGUUAAGAUACCUCAGUCUAGCAAACAAUUCACUUCAUUUGGGGUUUCCAGGUUUCAUACCAGAUUGUCGGAAUUUGACUUUCCUCGACUUGUCGGUGAACAAUCUGACAGGGCCAAUACCGGAGCCAGUUUUCACCAAAUUGGGUCAGCUUCAGUACCUCAAUCUCUCAAAUAACUUGUUCCAGGGACCACUGUCACCAAACAUUUCCAAGCUUUCCAAGCUCAUAAACCUCCAUCUAGCAACCAAUAAGUUAAAUUGUUCAGUCCCUGAGAGUAUAGGGUUCCUUUCUGAUCUUGAAACCUUGGAAAUGUUUGAAAAUUCAUUUGAGGGAAAGAUUCCAUCUUCUUUAGGCCAACUCAAAAAGCUCAAGAUACUCGAUCUUCAUGCCAAUGGCUUAAAUUCCACAAUUCCUUUUGAGCUUGGUUCUUGCUCUAAUCUCACUUUUCUGGCCUUGGCCGAGAAUCGACUUACCGGGGAACUACCAUUGUCAUUGUCCAAUCUCACCAAAAUAUCAGAGUUGGGGCUGUCUGAUAAUUCCCUUUCAGGUGAGAUUCUGCCAUCUCUUAUCUCUAACUGGACCAACUUGUUCUCUUUACAGCUCCAAUCCAACUCUUUCACUGGAAAGAUUCCUCCAGAAAUUGGCUUAUUGACAAAGCUCAAACUCCUCUUUUUGUAUAACAACAAACUAUCCGGACCGAUUCCGUUCGAGAUAGGCAGCUUGAAGAAUCUCAUAUAUUUAAUCUUUGCAGUAAACAAGCUUUCAGGUCCGAUUCCUCCAACAAUAUGGGGUCUGAAAAACCUGCAGGUCUUACAUCUGUAUGAAAAUUAUCUCGAAGGCACAAUUCCAGAAGAGAUUGGUAACUUGACAUCGAUCUCCUCUUUAGACUUUGCCUUGAACCGAUUGUAUGGUGAGUUGCCGGAGACCAUUUCUUGGCUCACUAAUUUGCAAGGCUUUUCAUUGCUUAACAAUAAUUUCUCGGGUAGAAUUCCUCGGGAUUUUGGGAGAUACAUUCCUAAGUUGGCUUAUGUCAAAUUUUCCAAUAACAGCUUCUCUGGGGAAUUGCCUCCUGAAUUGUGCAGUGGCUUUGCUCUUUUGGAAUUUACUGUUAAUGGCAACAACCUCUCGGGGUUAUUGCCAGCUUGCUUGAGAAACUGCAGUGGAUUAGUCAGAGUUCGUCUUGAUGGGAACCGAUUUACCGGUAACAUUACAAAUGCAUUUGGAGUUCAUCCAAACCUUGAUUAUAUUGACUUUAGUGACAAUCAAUUCAUUGGUGAAAUCUCUCCUGAGUGGGGAGAAUGCAAAAUCCUUACCAAUCUACAGAUGGAACAGAAUCGAAUCUCGGGUGAAAUACCAGCAGAGCUCGGAAAGUUGACACAGCUGCAGGUGCUAAACUUGGGCUCAAACAAGUUGACUGGGACCAUUCCUACUGAGCUUGGAAAUCUGAAAAUGUUGUUUAACCUUAAUUUGAGCCAGAAUCAUCUGUCGGGAUCGAUACCUCGAAACAUCGGUAGUCUAACAGAGCUUCAAUAUUUAGAUUUGUCCGAAAACAGCUUGACCGGAACAACACCAGAAGAGCUUGGGAAUUGCAAUAAGUUACUGAGCUUGAAUUUGAACCACAACAAUUUAUCUGGUGACAUUCCAGGUGAGUUAGGGAGCUUGGUUGUUCUUCAGUAUUCAUUAGGUCUCAGCAGCAAUUCAUUUUCAGGGAAAAUCCCUCCAGAGUUGGGGGGACUUAUUUCACUGGAGAAUCUUAAUCUUUCACAUAACAAUCUCUCUGGUGAAAUCCCAACAACGUUGCUCCAAAUGAUCAGUCUUGGUUCGUUUGAUUUCUCCUACAAUGAGCUGACGGGCUCUAUUCCGAAUGCCGGUCCAUUCCAGAAUGCUUCCCAGGAUGCCUUCAUUGGAAACCCGGGAAUGUGUGGAAACAUCAAAGGAUUUCCUCCUUGCAAUUCAGUUUCAACUAGAAAAAACUCGAGAAAGCGUACCUUGAAGGUUCUCGGCAUAGUUCUUCCUGUCUUUGGCAUAUUAUCAAUUUUGGCUGCAAUAUCCGCAUGUCAUCACCGAAGAAAUCGACCAGAUGAGGAAGCAGAAGGUAGAAGGUUCAAGCAUUCUGACUCGAUAUGGAUAAAAAAAGAGAGUUUGUUUAGAUUUGGGGACCUUGUAAAAGCAACAGAGGAUUUCAAUGAAAAGUACUGCAUUGGGAAAGGAGGAUCAGGUAGUGUUUACACAGCAUUAUUGUCUACGGGUCAAGUAGUUGCAGUUAAAAGACUUCACAUAUCGGACUCCGCAGAAGUUCAAGUCAUCAAUCACCAAAGGUUUGUGAAUGAAAUCCUUAUGCUAACAGAAGUUAGGCAUCGAAACAUCAUCAAGCUACACGGAUUUUGUUCUCAUAGGGGACUUGUGUACUUGGCUUAUGAGUACAUAGAAAAAGGAAGUUUGAAAAGCGUGUUGUAUGGAGAAGAAGGGGAAGUUGAGCUUGACUGGGGUAAAAGGGUGAAGAUUGUGCAAGGAUUGGCUCAUGCGAUUGCUUACUUGCAUCAUGACUGUUCUCCGCCAAUCAUACACCGAGACAUAUCUUUGAGUAAUGUUUUGUUAGAAGCUGGAUUUGAGCCAAAGCUUUCAGAUUUCGGGACUGCAAGAUUGUUGGAUCCAAAUUCAUCCAAUUGGACCACUGUUGUGGGAUCCCAUGGCUACAUGGCACCAGAGUUGGCACUCACCAUGCGGCUAACAGAUAAAUGCGAUGUUUAUAGCUUUGGAGUGGUGGCAUUAGAGGUUAUGAUGGGAAGGCAUCCAUGGGAACUCUUGAAUCCCUUCUCAUCAUCUUCAUCAACAUUGUCGUCUGAAAAUAGAGAAACGUUUUUGAAGGAUGUGCUCGACCAAAGGCUACCAUCUCCCACGGGCAGAAUAGCAGAGGAAGUUGUAUUUGUUGUCAGAAUGAGCUUGGCAUGCACAAAUAUCAAGGCCGAGUCAAGACCCACCAUGAGAUUUGUGGCACAAGAACUUUCAGCAACAAUACAGGCUUGCCUGAGUGAACCAUUAGGAAAUAUAUCAUGA